UGUAUCCUGCCAGCCUGAUGAGUGCACACACACACACACACACACACACACACACGCACACACACAGCGCUGCUGUGGAGGACAGUGGAGUGGAGAGCACAGUCUCUGCAGUGAGGGGAACCCGGCUGAUGUAGGACAGUUCUCCAGUACACUUCAGUAACUGAUUGGUUUGAUUAAUAUUGAUGCUGGAAGUGAAGCUGAGGACCUGCAGAUCUACAGAGCUCACCUGGAUUCAGCAGCAUCCUGAAUCCUGCAGAUCAGCACUGCUGAGGCUGAUUGAGGACAGUGCAGUGGUGGAUCCAGCAUGAAACAUCUGGCCAUCUCCAAAUGGCUGAACCAGCUGGGUCUGCAGCAGUACUGUACACUGUUUGACGAGGAGUAUGAUGGAGUGGAGGAUCUGCUGCACCUGACGGAGAUAGACCUGCUGGGUUUAGGAGUUCACAGUCGACUCCAUCGAAUCCACAUCCUCUCCAGCAUCCAGGUCCUGCGGGAGAGGGAGUCCAAGAGAGAAUUAAGGAUGAUGGCGGAGGGGAGGUUCGCCAGCCUGCCCAGGAACCUGCACAUGGGCCGGCAGUGCCCGCUCGCCUCCUCCAUGGACCUUCUGAGCUCCAGGCCUGCAGUGGCGGAGACGCCUCCUCCCGGAUACCACAGCGUCUCCAUCCACGGCACCAUGCCCCGGAAGAAGAGAGGGGGCGGGGCCGUCACCCGGCCGUGGGAGAUGUGCGGGUCUCUGCCGUACCCCGGCCGCGCCCGUCUGCCCUCGUCUCCUCGCAUACACAACGUCAUAGAGGAGCACCAGCCUUUCCACGCGCUCAGAGAGGACACCUCAGCUCACAGGGACGCUGGAGGGAUGGACCCGGCCAUGGAGUAUGUCAAGUUUUCCCGGGAAAAGUAUAUCAUGGAUGGAGCUCCGGAGAAGCUGCGCAGGGAGCUGGAGGAGGAACUCAAGCAGUGCGGAGAGGAACCACGGAGCCACGCCUGGUACCACGGCGCCAUCCCCAGACAGGUGGCUGAGAACCUGGUCCAGCGCGACGGAGACUUCCUGAUCCGAGACUCGCUCUCCAGCCCGGGGAACUACGUCCUGACCUGCCAGUGGAAGAACAGCCCCCAGCACUUCAAGAUCAACAAGCAGGUAGUGGCCAUGAACGAGGCGUACUCGCGGGUGCAGUUCCUGUUCGAGAAGGAGGGCUUCGACAGCGUUCCCGCGCUGGUCAGGUACUACGUCGGCAAUCGGCAGCCCGUCUCCGAGGUGGUGGGGGCCAUCAUCUUCCAGCCCAUCAACCGGGCCCUGCCGCUGCGGUGCCUGGAGGAGAAGUACGGCGUGGGCUCCAUACGAGUGGAGGCCGGCCACCGAGAGAGGAAGAACCAGAGCUCCAAGCGUCUGAGCCUGAACAUCAUGAACGGACACGUUCCAGAUCACACCCUCGGCCGUGGGAACCUCCUCAGCACCAAAGACAAGUGUGGGAGUCAGCCGGCGUGUCUGAACCACGUCCAGGAGCGGAGAGGAGCGCUGAAGACCCAUCAGUCCGAGAGCUUUCUUCCGCUGGGCUCCAGACCGCAGGCUCCAGCCCACCAUAUGGAGACACGGUCCUGCUCCAAGUCUCCAGUGUUCAGGACUGGCAGCGAGCCUGCCCUCAGCCCCACGGUUCCUCGCAGGAUGGCCUUCGAGACCCAGCCGGGUGAAGCCAUCCGGGGCUCUGACAGCCAACUGUGCCCCAAGCCGCCCCCUAAACCCAGCAAAGUGCCCUCUUCGAGGAUUCCUCGCUCUCCACGCCUGCAGCCCCUCGCUCCCCAAGCUCCCCAGGUACCUCCGGUCCCUCCGGUGAAGCCCCAGAAGCAGCGACCUUCCCCCAAUCAGCAUCAGCACCAGCAUCACCAGCAGUCAACCACCCUGACCAGCCCAGAGCUGAGCUACUGUGAACUGAGCCCCUGCAGCCCAGCCGAAUGGACUGCCAUGGAAAAGAUCAGCUGCCUUCAGGUCAACGCUAACAACGGCUACGUAGAACGAUUGAAGACGGACAACGAGGAGCAAUGGAGGAAUGGUGGGAUCACCAAACUGGACCGCAGCUCCUACCACCACGCUAUCGAGGCCCUGGAGGACGGCAGCGAGGAAGAAGACGAGGCGGAGGACAGAGAAGACAGACUGCUGGACAUAGAGACGGUGGAAAAAGAGCAGCUGAAAGGAUACCGGAGACCUGUGUUUGAAACCGUUUCCGCGUUUAAACCAGCAGAAACUGACUUCAGGCUUCUUCCGUCAGAGAAUAAACCCCUGGAGAUGUCUGUGCUGAAGAAAGCCAAAGAACUGCUGGUCAGUCAGGACCCCAAGACCAUCGCCAAGCACAUGCUGAGAGCGGACUGCGAGGUUGCCAGGACUCUGAACGUUUCUGAGGAGAUGAAAGCUCAGAUGGGUGUGACCUCUGGACUGGAGCUGGUGACCCUUCCUCAUGGAAGGCAACUCCGUCAGGAUCUCUUGGAAAGGCAUAACACCAUGGCGAUCGGUGUAGCCGUGGAUAUUCUGGGAUGUACGGGCAGCCUGGAGGAGCGAGCGGCCACACUGAACCGGAUCAUACUGGUGGCCCUGGAGCUGAAAGACUCUAUGGGGGAUCUUUAUGCCUUUUCCUCCAUAAUGAAAGCUCUGGACAUGCCUCAGAUCACACGCCUGGAUCACACGUGGACCACGUUACGCAGGAAGUACACGCAGACCGCCAUCAUUUACGAGAAAUCGCUCAAGCCCUUCUAUAAAGGCCUGUAUGAAGGCAGUGCAGAGGUUCCUCUCAGCAGUGCCACUGUGCCCCUGCUGAUGCCCCUCCUCACCCUGAUGGAAAGACCUGCAGUCGCCUUCGAGGGCAUGGAGCUGUGGGAAAGCAGCGACCAGGGCUGUGAGAUCAUGCUGCGCCACCUGGAGGAGGCCCGGGCUGUUGCACGAAACGCUGACACUUACUCCUACAACGCUCAGCGGGUCCUGCAGGAUUUCCGUCCAAACGAGGACAUGUUGGAGAUCCUGAAGACGGAUUUCCAACUGCGGCUGCUGUGGGGAAGCAGAGGAGCUGCUGUGAAUCAGAUGGAGCGAUACGACAAGUUCAAACUCAUCCUUACAGCACUUUCCAGAAAAUUAGAACCACCCGUCAAACACACUGAACUCUGAGCUGAGAGAGAUGCUUUCCUCGAAAAAUCUCCUGAACCUCAACCACGGACUGGACAAGGUGGUGUGGACAUUAAAAAAAAAAAAGAGGACAUGCAUUUUUUUUGUCUCCUCAAAAGGACGAUGCAAAACCACAUACUGCACACAUUUACAGAGGCGUGGCUGUGGUGGAAGAAGAAGAGGGUACUGGAGUAAAGACGAACUUUCAGGACUGCUUUGUGGUUUUGAGGACCUUCCAGAAUCACAAAGGUUAUCUGUCUAUAAAGACUUGACGCAUUUCUGUACACACCUUAUAUUUGAAAUAUACAGGGGUUGGACAAUGAAACUGAAACACCUGUCAUUUUAGUGUGGGAGGUUUCAUCAUGGUUAAAUUGGAGCAGCCUGGUGGCCAAUCUUAAUUAAUUGCACAUUAUUGCACCAGUAAGAGCGUGAAGAGUGUGAAGGUUCAAUUAGCAGGGUAAGAGCACAGUUCUGCUCUAAAUAUUGCAAUACACACAACAUUAUGGGUGACAUACCAGAGUUCAAAAGAGGACAAAUUGUUGGUGCACGUCUUGCUGGAGCAUCUGUGACCAAGACAGCAAGUCUUUGUGAUGCAUCAAGAGCCACGGUAUCCAGGGUAAUGUCAGCAUGUCACCACCGAGAAGGACCGACCACAUCCAACAGGAUUAACUGUGGACGCCGUAAGAGGAAGCUGUCUGAAAGGGAUGUUCGGGUGCUAACCCGGAUUGUAUCCAAAAAACUUAAAACCACGGCUGAUCAAAUCACGGCAGAAUUCAAUGUGCACCUCAACUCUCCUGUUUCCAUCAGAACUGUCCGUCACCACAAUCAAUUAUUGUGGUCUAAAACUAGGGGUUUCAGGUUCAUUGUCCAACCCCUGUAAGCACUCUUCUGAGGAACGCUACUCUCAGGAUAAGAUGGUGUGUGUGUGUCUGUGUGUGUGUCCUGCAGUGUGGAUCUCAGAGACGUUACUGAUCACAUGAACGAUGAGAUGAAGUAUUUAUAAUAAAAAAGAGAAGUGAGGGCUGGAUGAUGAGGACUAUGAUGUCGAUGAUAUGGUUGAAAAGGAUGAAGGCACAUGAAGGGUUUUUUUUUUCGUCGGGGACUAUGAGAAGUACAGUACUAAAGUACGGUUGUGAAGGGCAUUCUGAAAGUGUUCUGGAUAUAAAUGUAUAUAAAUUUACAUAUAUACACACA